GAAGGAUGCAUCGAUAAAAAGUUCUUAAGAAAUCAUUGUAAGUAUGGAGAGAGGUCUGAGAACGCUGGAGCAUAGCUCCCGCUGUAUUUCGGAUCGCCCCUUCGUUCUCAGGACAAAUCAGUGUCAUCCUCGAAGGCUGGACAGGCGAUCAAUCAGGAUACAGGCAGUGAGUGUCUUGAAAGAUGUCCCUACCUGGCAGCAAUUGAGCGCAUGCGCCGGUGCAAGCGCAUUGGAAGGGUAUGUACUUCGUCGGAAGGAGGUGCCCAGAUCAGCGCCAACUCCUACAUUGCCCACGACAGCUGAUGCAGAGACUGAUAAGCCUGUAUUACUAUACAGGGACACAAACGCUUGGUGCCCCUAUUGUGAAAGGGUCACUUUUGCUUUGGCAGAGAAGGACGUCCCCUACGACUCGGUGCUUAUAGACCUCAGAGACAAGCCAGCCUGGUACAAGGACAUCGUUCCCACAGAACUUACACCUGCAGCCCGGAUCAAUGGCGAGCUUGUGUACGAGUCCAUGGACAUCUUGCAGAGGCUGGAGAGGGAGUUCACAGAGUUUCCACUGCUGCCCAGCGAUGCCAGUCUCAGGGAGGAGGCAGAGACUGUGAUGGGUGCUUCAGAGGCUUUGGGCGGGGCAGGCUUCAGGUUUGUGGCUGGAGGGAGCUUGGCCACAAGGCCUGAUGAUGAGAAGCCCGGCCCUGCCAGCGACAGCCAGCUGGCAGAGAUGCAGGCAGCGUUCGAGGAGCAGCUUGCAGAAUUCGAGCAGCAGCUCAGCAAGCACGAGGGCCCUUUCAUUCUCGGGGAGUUCGGCCUGGUGGACAUAGUGUAUGCACCAGCAUUGGAGCGUUUGGCAGCCAAUCUGCCGGUCAUGAGGGGCUUCAAGCUGAGGGACCAUCCUGACUACCCGCACACUGCUGCUUGGUUCCAUGCCCUGGACCAGAGGCCUGCCUACCAGAAAGUGAAGAGCGACGAUGUCACCCACAAUCAAGUCUUCAAGAGGAUAUUUGGAGUGCCGCUGGCCGCAGCUCCGGCAAGCAGUCCUGGGCAGGUGGCGGCGCGCAAGGAGGCGGCCGCAAAGAUCGCGGCCAACCGCACCGCGGUGGUGAAUGACCUGCUCAAGAACAGCGGCAUCGUGCGCGGCCGGACCAACCAGUACGGCAACACGCUGCGCGCCGUAAACGGGUACCCAAUGGAGCCGUCACCGGCCGCGGUGGCCGCUGUCGAGUACGCGCUGCGCCGGCUGUGCAGCUGGCUCUUGCACGGCACGCCUGGGCCAAGGCACCCGGACCUGGAGGCAGCAGCGCUUGGGUCGGCGGCGCUGGUUUUCUUUGCUGGCAGAGCCUCUUCACCCAGGGACCUGAGCGCAGCUGCCUGCACGGAGCUGAGGGAUGGCUGCUGGCAGCUUCUCAAAGACAUGUACUGAUGCGCUCACAAUCAGAACCCAAGCGCUCAGAAGAGUUCUGCUUUAACGGAUGAGCAUACCUUAUUUUUUGCUUUCAUGAAGGUGGAAAUCACGGCAUCAGAUGAGCCUAAGCUGGCCAAUCUCAAACGCCACUCUUAGUAUUAGAGUUCAAAGAGACAGCCCGGGGUGCAACUGUCUAUCUUGGAAAUAGUAGAGGAGGUGGAAGCUUUUGUGCGGUUGUCAGCAGUGCUCGUGCACAAAUCUUGGUCCACCUGAGGUUUGGUCUACUUGGUACGUACCUUUUGGUUGGUUUUAAUCCUAUGGAAAUUCUUUACUAGCGGUAGGCUCAAGCUUCUGGCAGGCCGACAAUUGUCACGGUUUGGCUGGACCCCCCUUUUGUCAGGCUCAUGCAAUGACGUCUGAUUGCAGCUUGGACCUUGUGCAAUUGUGAGGGGCACGUGAACUUCAUUUUGAUGAAGUCCUACAUAGUACUGAUAUGGCGAUGUGGUAUCGCUUGCCCGUAAAUCAUAUUCAGUGCUCCUGUUACCCUGUAGAGUCUGCAGUGUACUGCUUAUGUAGAAGCAUGAUCUGUACUUCAUGAUGUCACAGCAUGCAUGUCACUGAC